AUGAGUGGACUGGAAACUGUUCCAGACACUAUAAAUUUUCCCAAGGAGGAAGAAAACACCUUGAAAUCUUGGAGUGAAAACGGCGUCUUUGAGAAAUCGCUAGCGCUGGCUAAAGAUAGGCCACGUUAUACGUUCUUCGAUGGCCCUCCAUUCGCAACCGGCUUACCUCACUAUGGUCAUAUUUUGGCUGGCACGAUCAAGGAUGUAGUGACAAGAUGGGCCCAUCAAAACGGCUUUUAUGUUGAGCGGCGCUUCGGAUGGGACACACAUGGUCUUCCUGUGGAAUAUGAAGUGGACAAGACGUUAGGUGUGAAAGGUCCUAGUGAUAUUUAUGCUAUGGGAAUUGACAAAUACAAUGCGGAAUGCAGAAGCAUUGUCAUGAGAUAUGCUCACGAGUGGGAGGUAACGGUAGCUCGAAUGGGGCGCUGGAUCGAUUUUCGCAAUGACUACAAAACCCUUUAUCCGUGGUUCAUGGAAAGUGUUUGGUGGGCAUUCAGUGAACUCGUCAAGAAAGGCCUCGUCUACAGAGGAGUCAAGGUUAUGCCAUUCUCAACAUCUUGUAACACUCCACUCUCGAAUUUUGAGGCUGGACAAAAUUACAAGGAUGUUGUUGAUCCCGCUGUAUGCAUCGGAUUCCGCCUCGAUGAAAAUCCAAACCGCAUGAUGGUGGCGUGGACCACGACUCCGUGGACAUUGCCUAGUAAUCUUGCCCUUUGUGUGCAUCCGGAUCUAGACUACGUUGUUGUUAAAGAUCCAACAAAUGGACUGGAAUACGUUGUGUUGGAGGAACGCCUAUUUGAGUUGAAAAAUGAUAACUUAGAGGUUUUAGAAAAGGUCAAAGGUCGCUCUUUCGAGGGAAAAACAUACGAGCCAUUGUUCCCAUAUUUCACAUACAUGAAGGCCGAAAUGAAUGCAUUCCGUGUUCUUUGCAACACGUUUGUCACCACUGAUCAGGGUACUGGUAUUGUGCAUCAAGCUCCAUAUUUUGGAGAGGUUGAUUACCAAAACUGCCUCGAAAAUGGAAUAAUCACAAAGGACAUGAAGAUUAUAUGCCCUGUGGAUGAAAGUGGCCGGUUUACUGACGAAGUGAGCGAUUUCGCAGGGAUGUAUGUGAAAGAUGCUGAUAAACCGAUUUGCAAAAGGUUGAAGGAGAGCGGGAAUCUAAUCAAGCAAGGAGAGGUGAAGCACUCUUAUCCCUUCUGCUGGCGAUCGGACACUCCGCUGUUAUAUAAAGCUGUUCCAUCGUGGUUUAUUCGUGUAGAACAAAUUGUGCCUAAACUUCUCGCUAACAAUGAACAGACCUUACUGGGUAGUGGUCAAGUUUUCUCUAUGAAAGAAGUCAAGAGUGAAAAUGUGAUGGAUAGAUGGAUUGAAUCGUUCACAAACAGCUUAGUACAGUUUGUCCGCAAGGAAAUGGCAGAGUAUCGACUUUAUGCAGUGGUUACCCCGCUUACAAGAUUCUUCGACACGCUGACCAACUGCUACAUCCGUUUGAACAGGAAGAGAAUAAAGGGCGAUUUUGGUGCAGAUGAUCAAACACACGCACUUUCUGCCCUCGGACGUGUUCUUAUUCUCAUUGUUCGUCUCAUGGCACCAUUUACACCAUUUUUCUGUGAAUAUGUGUGGAAAAAUCUGCGUAAGGUAACCGGAGCUCCAGAGGAAUCUGUGCACUACACCUUGCUGCCAACGUCUGAUGAUAGCCUAAUUGAUACAGUAGUAGAAAGGCGAGUGCAAGCGAUGCGCGACUGCAUCGAUCUAGUCAGGGUAUUACGAGAACGCAAAGCAAUACCUGUCAAGACUAUCGUAAUGCUUGAUGUGUCGGAAGACUCGUCUCUGGUUGAAGAAGGGCUUGCUAGAGAGAUCACAAAUCGAGUGCAGAAACUGAGAAAGGCGGCUAAAUUAGUGUCCACGGAUCCUGCCGUGGUCUACUGUGUGGUAGAACCGAAGUCUAGCCAGCUGGCUGCAGUCGUUACAUCGCACAAGGAAAGAAUUGAGGAAGCCACUGGGACACCGUUGCGGUUAGAGCAUCUGCCCUCAGGUAAACGCGCAACAGUUUCUAACGUCAGCACUGUCAAGGAUUCUGAAGUUUCGCUAUGGCUAAUUGCUGAAAGGGGGUGGUGCGGAACACUGCUGCAGUCGGAUCUCAAGGAAAGACCUUCCGAAUCCGAUGGUGAAGUCAGCACGGACAAUGAUCCGCUCAGCGUUGGAUUUGUGGAAAGGAAAGGUGUGGCUCAUUCUAUCUGA